ACUCUGCUUUGCCUUGGCUGCGUUUUUCUAAACAAAAAACUGUUCUAAAUAUCAAAACGUUUAAAUUUUUGUUAGGUAUAGAUGUAAAAUUGUGCAAAACUUUGUGUGAAUUACAAGUGCUAUACUGUUAGUUGUUGACAUGCAACUGCAUUGGCAUUAACAACUCGGAACAACAACAACAAAACGCACACACUCUCGGAAAGGCAGAAAAAGGGACAUCGACAUCGAUUUUUUGCACCCUUUUCGUUGCGCACACACACAUAUAUAUAUUUUGCGUAGGCAAAUUAGCACACAAAGAGAGACAGGCGACAAGCGACAAGUGUCGCCCUGGCCUGGCAAGGAAGCACGCUAAGCAACGACCCAAACAGUAAACAUCUAUUAGUUUAUUGAAUCUCAGUGUCUCCCAGUGCGAAAGGGRCGCUCAAUGAGCGGCGGCGGCGAGGAACACGAGCAGCUGAAACAGAAGGCGCGGCCAACGUCAACGUCGCCGUUGCCAGGUGUCUCAAGCGCAUCGACUUCAUCAGCUGCGGCUGCUGCGGCCGGCACGGUGGCUACCAGCGGGGGCAAUGGUCGGGCCACACCUGAGAUGAAACGUUCGGCUGUGCGCAGCCUCAUCCAGCGCUACUUUCAUCAGCUGCAGUCCGGCUGUGGCAAUGUCCACUGCAAGAAUGCCAACUGCGCCUCCAGCGGCAAAGUGCCGCCCAUGACGCCCAAUGAGGUGGCCGCACGAGCCCUUCAUCUCUUCUCACAGGACGCACAGCUGUGCGAUAGUGUGCCCACAGUGAAUAGUCCACAGCAGGACGUGGACAUGCUUUCGCCAAAUGACAGCAGUAGCAGUAGCAGCAACAGCUCCACUAGCACCAUUACAUCCGCUAGCACCACAACCACCACAAGCACCCAAUCCCAGUCGCAAUCGCAAUCUCAAUCGCAAUCGCAGUCCCAGUCGAAUACGCAGCCACAAAGUUCCAUGGAACAGUCGGAACGACCGCCAAUGAUCUUGGAUUUUGUUAAAUUGUCCACACUUGGAUCGGAGACGGCAACAGAAACAGAAACAGAAACAGCAACAACAACGACGACGACGACAACAGCUGGUGACUCGGGCCCCUGCACACCAACGCUGCCAUCUGUGGAGUAUGUGGACGCUGAGCUGCUGGAGGGACUGUACACGCAGUGCCAGGAGGCUGGCAACUACGAAAGGCUGUGCCAAAUCAUUGACCAUGUCUUUUCCAGCGUCGAUCGACUCAGCAAUAGCUUCGUCUGCCGGCCUGGACAAGAGCGGCUGCAUUUGGAAAGCCAAUCAAACAGUGCCCUGAAUAAGGAGCAACUGCGGCAACUGGAAGGCGAGGCCGACAAGGACGAGGAUAGCACUCAGCGGUCAACAACGCCAACCGAACCGUGUGCAGCUGCUAGUGCAGACGAUGCCGGUCAUGCAACUACUAAUGCUGCUGGAGCCGAUACAGAUGAAAACGACGACGACGAACCGAUGACUCAACAGGAGCAAAUCGACGAGUUUCUGCGUAGGGGCACCAAGGUGGAUUUCCGUGGACUGCGCCACAUAAAACGCUUGCUCUUCGGUGCGCCUUGUCAAUCUAUUGCUGAGCAGAUCAUGAGCAGCGUCAUCAAACUGGCGGACUCUAUACGGGACAUUCGACUGUCCUGGCCGGAUUUGUGGGAGCAGGUGGUGCAUUGCUUGGUCAUAUGCUUUGACAUGGCCACCAACACUACGGCCAACAACAGCGUCACGGACAUGGAGUAUCUGGACCGCGUGUUGCCCAAGCUUUGUCAUGCAGCAGCCUCAAUGUUUGUGCAAGCGCAGGCACGCCUCGCGAUCAUCUGGAGCGAGUAUUGUGCAGACCAGCUGCAGACUCUCUUGUCCUCAUGCCAACAGCAGAUAACACUCCAGGUGUUGCUCGACGAGGACUCGGUGCGCGAGAACGAGCUUAUUAUAAGCGUGACCAAAGUGCUGAAGAUCGUGUUUUAUGCCAACAUAUUGGCCAGCGUGUUGGAGCGUCCCUCUUGUCGGCUGCCAUUACAGGAGGUAGUUGAGACUGAAUCUACCGCCGCUGCCGUGGAGGAUGGCGAGGAUCUGUUCGUCUACAACUCGCUGCAACACCCGCAUAUGCCGGAAUUUGCUGAAGAUCCGCUAGAGCAGUGGUUGCAGGUCUCGUACAUUGACUGUCGUAGUCCCCUAGUGCCGCUCGAAGAGUUCUACAACGAGGCGCUCAGCGAGCAUAUACAAAUGCAUCAAGACUAUCUGUCCUAUAAGAGGCUGGCCAUGGAGAGCCACCUGGGCUCCAGGCACACCAAAUAUUUUUGCUUUAUGCUCUAUGCAUUCAUCCUAACACCGGCCACCAAGGUCGAUGCCCUCUACUACGACUGCCGCAUGCGCAUGUACAGCGAACGUUACUCCUCGUUGUAUUCCAUUUUACAAAACUAUGGCCAGGAUGGCCAAGAGGGUGCGCGACCCGAUCUCAAGCUGACGGUGCGACGCGAUCAACUGAUCAACGAUGCGCUUAUUGGACUCGAGCUUGUUGCAAUGAGCAAUCCGAAGGAUCUGAAGAAGCAGCUUGUGGUGGAGUUUGUGGGUGAACAGGGAAUUGAUGAGGGCGGCGUAUCCAAAGAGUUCUUUCAACUUAUCGUGGAGGAAAUAUUCAAUCCAGCCUUUGGCAUGUUUGUGCAGCAAGAGGAGACCAAUAACAUGUGGUUCAAUCCCACGCCCUUUGAGAACGGCGCACAAUUCACGCUGAUUGGCAUAAUCAUUGGCCUGGCCAUUUACAACAAUGUCAUCCUGGCUGUGAACUUUCCCAUGGUUGUCUACCGCAAGCUGAUGGGCUAUCGAGGCACCUUCUACGACCUGUGCGACUGGAGUCCGACGCUGUACAAGAGCUUAAAGGCCAUGUUGGACUAUCAGGGCCAUGACAUGGAAGAGGUUUUUGAGCAGACGUUCAAGAUUAGCUAUAGCAAUGUGUUUGGCGAGCUAGUGGAGCACGAACUGGUUCCACAUGGCAGCGAGGUGCUAGUCGGCCAGCAUAACAAGCGUUUGUUUGUCAAUCUAUAUAGCGAUUUCUUGCUGAACUCGAACAUAGAACAGCAGUUCAAAGCCUUUCGCAAAGGCUUCGAAAUGGUUACCGAUGAGUCACCACUGAAGCUGCUCUUCAGGCCAGAGGAAAUCGAGAAGCUAGUCUGCGGCAGUCGCGAGUUUGAUUUUGUGGAAUUGGAGCAUUCGACGGAGUACGAGGGUGGCUAUACGGAGGAAACGCAAAUCGUGCAAGAUUUCUGGAGUAUUGUCCAUGCCAUGCCACUCGAGUCCAAGCGAAAGCUGCUCGAGUUCACAACGGGAUCGGCGCGCGUUCCCGUUGGUGGCUUAAAAUGCUUACGAUUGUUAAUCACACGCCAUGGACCGGACAGUGAUAGAUUGCCCACAUCGCACACGUGCUUUAAUGUACUGUUGCUGCCCGAGUACAGUAGUAAGGAGAAACUGGAGGAGCGCUUGCUCAAGGCAAUCAAUUACUCCAAGGGCUUCGGCAUGCUGUAGUCGCCGCAAAGGAAUAAUGCCAAAGUAGUUGGUACACAUACCUCCAGGAACGCAACAGAUACCACCUCCGA